AUGGAAGAAGCCUUUCAUGUUGAAGACCAGCGGGACCAAACCGUCUGUUAUCAUAUCGCUGUAACGGAUGCCAUAAGCAUCAUGUAUCGGAGGAAAUCACCUAAGAGUCAGAAAUUGUUGUUAUCACCACAGGUGUUUAUUGAUUCCAAAUGCAAGAACAAUGUGUUUAAGUAUCUUAGGGAACCGUAUGGGCUCCAAAGUAGAGAAACGUAUGCAUUUACCAUGAUUAACCCACAUAUCGAUGCUCCGGUUGUACUUCGAUAUAAUAGUGACUACCCUAGAUAUCAUGCUAAUGACAUGUAUGAAAUCAAAGAUCGUUCUUCCUUUAAGUCGGUGUUGGAGGCAAACUUUGGAGACAUAAGAAAACGAAACCCAAUGAUUGGAUGUAUGAAGAUGGGUCCUUACAAAGAAGCAAAAACCUUUGAUCCAUAUACUCAUAAUAUGGCUUCUGACUCUAUUCGGAAGUCGUUGAAGGCCGAGCCUCCGCACGCCAUGGUUAUAGUCGGGAUAGAGACAGACGAUGGGAAAUCCAACUGCUAUGUUAAAAACUCUUAUGGUGAAGGUUGGGGAGCUAGAGGAUUUGGCCAAGUGAACAUUAAUGACUUGAUUAGCAUCGAGAUGAUAGAGAUUGAAUGA